UAAUUUUGUCAACCCAAAACACAAAGGUGUGAGGUGUGUACAGUGUCUACAAAAACACCCAAAUAAUGUAAUAAAUAAGAAUUACUCACCUUCAAUAACGAUUCUCACCCAAGGUCCGGAUAACCUAGAAAUUUUCCUGGAUAAAGCCAGGUGGCAGAGAGCAAAUUUUUCUGGAAAUAGUUUGAAAAUGGGCAGUGCAGAUAUCGAUAUGAAUGGGGCGGAAUAUUGCAAGGAAUUUAGACGGUUGAAAGUGUUGCCGGCUAAUGACCAAAUCAAGGAGCUGCAAACUAUUUUGAGAGACAAGAACACAACAAGAAGUGACUUCAAAUUUUACGCAGAUCGUCUAAUCCGUCUCGUUAUCGAAGAGAGCCUAAAUCAGUUACCUUUCACUGAAUGCAACGUUAUCACACCUACUGGAGCAACUUAUAAUGGUUUAAAAUACAAAUCUGGAAACUGUGGAGUCUCAAUAGUAAGAUCUGGUGAGUCAAUGGAGCAAGGCUUAAGAGAUUGUUGCAGAAGCAUUAGGAUAGGGAAGAUUCUUGUUGAAUCUGAUGCAGAUACUCAUGAGGCUAGAGUUGUUUAUGCUCGAUUUCCUGAAGAUAUUGAUAGGAGACAUGUGCUACUAAUGUAUCCAAUCAUGUCAACAGGCAAUACAGUGAGUAAAGCAGUCAAUGUAUUAAAGGAACAUGGUGUUAAAGAAGACUGCAUUAUUUUGAGUAAUUUAUUUUGCACCCCACAAGCCGUCCAAACAAUUUUGGAGUCGUACCCAAAAAUGAAAAUAUUGACUUCAGAGGUGCACCCUGUAGCUCCAAAUCAUUUUGGACAAAAAUAUUUUGGUACUGAUUAAGUAAUAAUUUUAAGACUGAUACAUUCAUUAUUGGUGCACAAUUUAUUUUACUCUAGAUUUAGAUUAAACUUAUAUGCAUUUUUAGAAAUGUCUACUUCUAGUCUCAAUGUACCCAAUUCAAUUUUGCUCGAACGAUGUAAGUAGAUAAUUUUGAUUUUAAACAGUUGUAGAGAAGCUCUAAAAACUUAACUUUUUUCCAUUGUCUCGAAUUGGUUAACUGAUUUUUUUCUAAAAGAAACUAGAUUUUUCAUUAAAGUGUUCCAACUAAUAAUAUUUUAUUACUUUUAUAAUAAUUCAAAACCAGUGCUUCAUAAUUAAAAGCUGUGAUUGGUUACUUUGAUGUUAAUAAAAAUUGUGAUUUUUAUUUCAAAAAUAUACCUACUUUUUCCGUUUUUUAUCAAAUUCAC